GUGUACCUUAGUCCACGCUCCAAUUUUCUCCCUUCCACUUCGUUGAGUCUCUCCAUUGAGCCUGUAUUCUUCUUUAGCCGAAACCUUCAACCCCAGUCCCGUUCUCCUAGCGUGUGGGGAAGACUUCCAUCCCGCAUGAUCACUCGUCUCCAUGCACACGAUCACGGCCCUCGAACGCAGUGUCGUUUUGGGCUAGCUUUUUCUAAUGAUGCUAUUCGUUACCGUUGGCUUGGAUGGAUGGCUAUAAGAGUUGGCGAGACUCCGGUCUGAACGCCUUCUGACAACCGAAAAGCUCCAAGGCGACGAGCACUCAAUCUUUGUUCCCAAUUUAUUGUCUCCAUCCAAUUCAACAUGACGUCCACUUCGGUGACUGGCAAGGCUUCAGCCGAAGUUCGCGACAGCCAUCAUGAGGUUGACCCAGAGUCAAUCCAGACCCCACCUGCAAACACAUCCAGCGGCAUCCUGGAACUUUGGAAAAACAAGCGAAUCUUGGGCUGGUGCCUCCUAAUUUUCAUCCUCCCCAUCAACUUUGGAUAUGAAAUUGCCCUCGUGGGCAACAUCCUCGCUAUACCGUCUUUCCUUGAGCGCUUUGGUAAAGACACACCCAACGGCCGAGAAAUUCCCACCCAAACCCAACAGAUCCUCAACUCGGCCACGUACGGAGGUAUAUUCGUAGCUGCCUUCGCCGCAGGCUUCAUUUCUGACAUCUGGGGUCGCCGGAAGGUCAUCUUUCUUGGGUGUGUCCUCUGCAUCGCGGGAAUCUUGGUCCAGACCUUCGCCCAAUCGAUCAUGAUGAUUUUCGGUGGCAAGCUCAUCAGCACGCUCGGCUUUGGUCUGGGACAUUCUUUGGCCCCCGUGUUCGUGGCCGAGUUUGCUCCUGACAACAUCCGAGGGUUCUGCUUGGUUCUCAUCAACACUAUGAUCGUCAUUGGACAGUGGGCAUGCGCUCUCGUCGGUUAUGGAGGCACUUUUAUCGGAAACGAUUGGGGCUGGCGGAUGCCGAUUCUGACGCAGCUUUUGCCCCCGACGGCGAUGAUUAUUCUUGGCCUCCUUCUGCUACCCGAAUCUCCAUCUUGGCUACUCAUGAAGGGCCGUCGUGAUGAAGCUGCAAAGUCCUUGCAAAAGUUCUUUGGGUCUGAAGUGGAUGUGGAACCUAAACUGGCGGUGAUGGAAGUCACUCUAGCCAAGGAGAAAGAGAUCAACGACGAAGGUUCCACUUAUAUUGAAUGCUUCCAAGGAGUCAAUCGCCGGCGGACUGUUAUCGUUGCAAUGGUUUACCUGGCCCAACAAUUCAGCGGAGCUGGCUUCGUUGCUGGGUAUCUCCCAUAUUUCUUUACUGUGGCCGGAGUGAGCAACCCAGUAGGCAUUGCCCAGGGCGCAUACGCAAUCCAACUAGUAGGCAACAUCAUGUCCUGGUUUGCCAUCGACAAACUUGGCCGUCGGCCUAUGAUCGUGUACGGUUCAAUUGUGUUGACAUCGCUCCUACUCGUCAUCGGCGGUAUCAGCACUUUGGGCAACCAGGCCGCACUCAGUACCAUGGUAGCCCUAAUGUGUAUUUGGGGUCUAUUAUACCAACUCACCCUGGGAGCUGUGGCCUUCGCGAUAGGCGGCGAAACACCGACCCUCCGGCUUCGACAGAAGACGUACUCACUCAACAUUAUGUGCAACACUUCUGCGGCUACUAUGGUGGGCAUGGUGCUCCCAAUUCUCAUUAACCCCGGGCAAGCCAAUCUCGGCGGAAAGGUUGCCUUUGUGUUUUUCGCGGCAUCCCUUCCUUUCGCGGUGUACUUCGUCUUCUGCCUCCCGGAAAUGAAGGGACGCAGUUACCUGGAACUAGAGGAAAUGUUCCAGAAGAAGGUUCCGGCUCGUCAAUUCAAGAACUACCGUGUUGAAAUGGAGUUCAUCCCCGGUGAGGAUGGCGAAAAGGCGGCAGUUAUCUUGAAAGACUAAGAAAACCCAUUGACUGAAUGCAACUAAGCCGCAAAAGCAACCUAUUCUAUCAAGCGGGCUUUUCUAGCAGUCUAGAUUAAACGGUACUAUAUUUUCAAGAUAUUUGCGAUUGGUACAUGUCUAGGGUCUAUGUAGUCUAUCAUUUACCAGUGGUUAGUUGACAGUUGUACAAGUUUCCCACACUCUAUACUAUUCAUUUAGACAGCGUCGAAUGAUCC